AUGUGGGCAUGGAGGGAUUGUAUCUCAUUGCAAAUAAUUUUUCUCAUCAUCUAUCCUUCAAAUCAAAUCAAAAUAUCUAUCUUAUUCUGUCCUACGUACUCUAUAGUUAUGGCAUUGGUUCCAUCUUACGGUUUGAUCACCACCACUAGUCCCACCACCGUUGUCCGGUCAGUGUUACCCACUAAAUCUUUUCUUCCUUCUGUCCGCCUGACCCGUCCGUGCAACAAACCGACUUUGUUAAUCUCAUGUUGCUCCUCUGAGUCAAAAAAGGCGGCAACUAGUGCUACUGACCUCAAACCCGCUGUGGAACGGUGGCCAGAGUACAUACCGAACAAGCUCCCCGACAACAAGUAUGUACGUGUACUCGACACGACACUUCGUGAUGGCGAACAAGCUCCAGGUGGAUCUCUUACUCCACCACAGAAGCUAGAGAUUGCCCGGCAACUCGCUAAACUCCGAGUAGACAUCAUGGAAGUCGGGUUUCCAGGGUCAUCGGAAGAAGAGUUUGAAACCGUUAAAGCCAUAGCCAAGACCGUGGGGAAUGAGGUUGAUGAGGAAACAGGUUAUGUCCCGGUGAUAGCCACCAUUGCACGAAGCAAACGUGGAGACAUAGAUGCAGCUUGGAAUGCGGUGAAGUACGCGAAGAGACCGAGGAUAUGCGUAUUCAUAUCUACGAGUGACAUUCACAUGAAAUAUAAGUUGAAAAAGACUCAAGAAGAAGCGAUCGAGAUGUCCGUGAGUAGUGUUAAGUACGCCAAAAGCUUGGGCUUCACCGACAUCCAAUUUGCUUGUGAAGAUGGCUGCAGGUCGGACAAGGACUUUCUAUGUAAGAUUCUAGGAGAAACGAUAAAAGCCGGUGCUACAUCGGUGUGCGUGGCGGACACGGUAGGGAUCACCGUACCGCAAGAAUUUGGAGAACUAGUGACCUAUGUGAUAGCAAACACUCCUGGUAUUGAAGAUGUUGUCUUCGGCGUUCAUUGUCACAACGACCUUGGUCUUGCUACCGCCAACACACUCGCCGCUGUAUGUGCCGGAGUUAGACAUUUCGAAGUAACGAUCAAUGGAAUAGGUGAAAGAAGUGGGAAUGCGCCGCUUGAAGAGGUCGUGAUGGCUUUGAAAUGUCGAGGAGAAUAUCAGAUGGAUGGUGCUUACACAAAAAUAAACACACGCCAACUUAUGGCUACUAGCAAAAUGGUUCAAGAGUAUACCGGCUUAUAUGCUCAACCACAUAAGCCUAUAGUCGGAGACAACUGUUUUGUACAUGAGAGCGGCAUUCACCAGGAUGGGAUGUUGAAAAAUCGAAGUACAUAUGAGAUCUUAUCACCAGAAGAUAUUGGGAUAGUAAAAUCCUCAAAAUCUGGACUUGUUCUUGGAAAGCUUAGUGGACGUCAUGCUAUAAAGAACCGGCUGGAAGAGCUGGGAUACGAAAUCAAUGAUAAGAAAUUGGACGACAUCUUCGCACGAUUCAGAGAUUUAACCAAGCUUAAAAAGAGAAUCACGGACGAUGAUCUGAAGGCAUUAGUGGUGAACGUUGAUGAAUCCUCAUCAGAGAACUUAAACGAACUUGUAUCAAGCCCUCCUCAUCAGAUUCCCUCUAUGGUCUAAGAUUGUGAAAAACGUCGUUUAUUUGAUUUGUGAACUACAAUGAUAUUUUUAAGUUCUUUAAUUUGUGUUUCAUAUGCAUUGUCUUGUUGUUGUAAUGGAAUAAAUACAGAACGGGGGAGAGAUCCUUUCGUUAUGUAUGUUUAAUUUAUUUAUUUUCAAAUACCUUUUAAAAUAAUAAUGUGUGCUCUGAGAAGCACAUUUGUAACGGACCAUUUGAUAAAAUACAUUUCAAACUUUUGGCUUCUU